GGGGAGAGAGAGAGUGGGUGCACUCCAUCCAGUCGUACGAGCACACAAGGCUGUCAAGCUCACAUCGACUGCAGCCCAUCCCUCUGCGAUCGUGGUCCUGCUCCGUUUUCAUCGUGAGGGAACAUGGACACGCUCUAAAGCGCACCACCCAAGCCAGCCCACUUGUCAAAUACCCGAAAUUCGUCCUGCCGUCGGCUCAAGCGAGAGUAGUAAUGAUGGAGUAUUGGAGGCAGUGCGCGCUGUGGUUGAUCAACUGCAAGGUGCUUCCAGCAAACCAUCGGGUGACAUGGGAGACUGCGCAGGUAUUCGACUUGGCGCAAACCCUCCGGGAUGGAGUGCUCCUUUGCCACCUCCUCAACAACCUCAGGCCCCAGUCGAUCAAUCUAAAGGAGAUCAACCUGCGACCUCAAAUGUCACAGUUCCUCUGCCUGAAGAACAUCAGGACUUUUCUGGCGGCCUGCAAUGACUUAUUUGGCAUGAAGAAAAGUGAGCUGUUUGAGGCCUUUGACCUUUUCGACGUCAGGGAUUUUGGAAAGGUUAUGGACACACUUUCGAAGCUUUCUCACACAACGAUUGCACAACAAACUGUAAGCAGGUCUUUUCCAACCGAAGAAAGUCUUGAAGAUGAGGAUAUCUAUAACCACCUUGAGGACCUAAUAGAUGAAAACAGGGUGGAAGAUGAGGAGGACCUGUAUGACUGCGUGUAUGAUGAUGAAGAGGGCGGUGAAAUCUAUGAGGAUCUGAUGAAAACGGAAGCUCUCGCCCCCCCGGUGUUCCAGAAACAGGCAGAGAUUGACAUCAGAAGUUGCUGUUUAACAGAAAUCAAGCAGACAGAAGAGAAAUUUUCUGACACCCUGGACUCAAUAGAAAAGAACUUUAUGACACCUCUCACUGGGUUUUUAUCCACGGCUGAGAUGGAAAAAGUGUUUGUGAAUAUACCGGACCUGGUGAAAGUUCACAAAAGUUUACUGCAGGAAAUUCAAGACUCAGUCCAACACAGAAGUGCCCAAAAUCUACACCAGAUCUUUAUUGCAUUCAAAGAAAGAUUGCUAAUCUAUGGGAAAUACUGCAGCGAUGUGGAGACAGCCAUUGCCACGCUCGACAGUAUAUGUAAAGACAGAGAGGACGUCCGCAUGAAGCUUGAGGAGUGUUCUAAAAGAGCAAACUAUGGCAAAUUCACUCUGAGGGAUCUGCUGGUGGUUCCCAUGCAGCGGGUCUUGAAGUACCACCUUCUUCUGCAGGAGCUGGUGAAACACACUCACGAUGCCACAGACAAGAGCAAUUUGCGGAAAGCAUUAGAUGCCAUGAAGGACUUGGCCCAGUAUGUCAAUGAAGUCAAGAGAGACAAUGAGACACUGCGAGAAAUAGAUCAGUAUCAGAAAUCCAUUGAAAACCUUAAUCAGCCUCUGAGUAACUACGGGAGACCCAAAGGUGACGGGGAAGUACGGGUGGCCUCAGUGGACAAACGAGCCAAACAGGACAGGCAUAUUUUCUUGUUCGAUGCUGCCGUCAUCAUUUGUAAGCGAAGGGGAGACAACUACGAAAUGAAAGACGUGAUCGACCUGCACCUCUUUAAGAUCACAAACAACCCCACGUCAGACAAGGAAAACCGAAAGUGGUCCUACGGAUUCUACCUCACUCAUAAUCAGGGCCAGAACGGCUUUGAGUUCUUCUUCAAGACCAAAGAGCUGAAGAAGAAAUGGCUGGAGCAGUUUGGCAUGGCCAUAUCCAACAUCCAUCCAGAGAAUGCAACCAACAAUUUCCAUGAGUUCCAUAUGCACACUUUUGAAAGAAUUACCUCCUGCAAUUCUUGCCACAUGCUACUGAGGGGCAUAUUUAACCAGGGUUACCUAUGUUCCAAGUGCGGUCUCGGCGCCCAUAAAGAAUGCCUGGGCCGGCUGGGCUGCUGCGGAAAAACAGAUCCCGGCUGCGUCAGAACUCAGAUGAAAGACCGAGACCCAGGGCUGCCCAAGAUGAUGGUGAUCAGGAACUAUUUUGGUGUGCCGAGCCCGACUUCGGGACCGGCGCUCAGCAUCCAGACGGGUGACAUUAUCGAGUUAAUCUGCGCCGACCUUCACAGCUCCUGGUGGGAGGGCAAAAUCCUGUCAACAAAAGAAGUUGGCUUCUUUCCCAGUGACGCUGUGAAGCCAUGCCCGUGUGUCCCAAAGCCCAUUGAUUACUCCUCCCAACCAUGGUUUGCGGGACCGAUGGAGAGACUCCAGGCGGAGGCAGAGCUCAUCAACCGGGUCAACAGCACCUACCUGGUCCGCCAUCGCAGCAGAGAGUGCACAGAGUACGCCAUCAGCAUUAAGUACAACAACGACGUGAAGCACAUAAAAAUCCUGACAAAAGAAGGCUGCUUCCACAUUGCCGAGAACAAGAAGUUCAGGAGUCUGUUUGAGCUGAUUGAGUACUACAAACAUCACUCGCUCAGGGAGGGUUUUAGGAGUCUGGACACCACGCUGCAGUAUCCAUACCGGGAAGUGGAGAAUUCUGCAAUGCAUCGCCUCAACCGCUCCGGUGGCAACAUGUUCACUCCGAAAGUGAUUGGCGUGGCCAUUGCACGGUACGAUUUCAGUUCCCGUGACACGCGCGAGCUCUCGCUGCAGGAGGGCGACCUGGUGAAGAUUUACACCAAGUCUGGAGCCAACGGGUGGUGGAGAGGCGAGGUCAACGGGAGGAUUGGCUGGUUUCCAUCCACAUAUGUAGAGGAAGGCGAGGAGUGAGCGGCGCAUUGACAAAAGAAGAAGGACGCGAGUCAAAUUAAUGAGCUCAGAGCCAGCGCAGCCUUGUUGCUUUUCCCCAUCCAGAGGCCUUUGGGAGCAAACAAAAAGAGCUGCUGAACACCCGUGACCCAAAGAUGGCCGCAACCUUUCUGCUUGGCUCGGUGCGGCUGAGCAACUUCAGCAUCUACAAGCAGCAACUUGCCCGUCAGCGGGGCACGCGGGCUCGCCAGAUGCCUGGCCAUCCAUAAUAUCCCGCCUCUUUCUGCCGAAAUCCCACCUGCUUUUCUUGCCAACUUGGCUGGUGCAGACAUGUCAAAAAGCAGGAACUCAAAUGCCACUCUUCCUUCCAUUCAUGCACUCAUCCGUCCCUUCACAACGCUCGCACUCCUUCCGCCUCUCGUGGGAAUGGAGCCAACCAAGCAAGAUGGAAAGGAGGUGUGGGUCCUUUCCGAAAAAAAGGAAAAAAAAUCCCUCUCACUUCCUCUUCCCACUUUGAUGAAAUUUCAGUGGCUUUGACCUUGCGUGUGUUUGUUUCAGUAACGAAGGUGGUUAUUGAUGACUCCGUGGCCCACCCUGGCGCAGCAUCCAGCACUCGAAAUCCCCUCUUUGAUUGCGAUCGCCGCGCUUCUAACUCAUGCAGGAGAUAGAAGAUAAAGACGGCGUCGACGGGCAGCGCCCGCAAUUGAUGGCUCGUGUUCCUAUUUUCCUCCCGCUGCUCACGUUUUUUAUCUCCGACGCAGACUCUCGUGUUUUAGCUCGUGUCGGCCGUUCGCGAUCCUCUUGCUUAUCACUGGCAGAAGCCCAUCCGCGGGAGGCUUUAUCUUGUUGGAGGUAUUACGGGCCCGUCAGGGAGAACACACCGCACAGUCUGCCGGCCACCUGACACGGGAGGAAAUCAGCCCUUUGACUUAGGUUACGGCCAUUUUUUUUCAUUCAGGGGCUUGAUCUUUCCACAAUGCUAUUGAAACACAUUUACGAUCCAACGAGACCUCAAGGCCGCCUGCACACUUGGAAGUCACAUUACCAUAUAACAUGUGUAAUCCAAUACUUAUCAAUGCCAAGGUACCUGAGUGGAGGGCAAAACUGGAUUCCCACUGCACACCAAUCUCAGACAAUGUAAACUUACUCCACGCAAUACUCAGAGGUACUGUAGAAUAAAUUUUUCAGUUGGACGAUAGAACUUAAUGGGAAUUAACUGGAAUGUUCAGUAUACGGAUUUCAUACAGUACUUUGUACAGUAUUUAAAAAAGAUCACGUUUUCCCCUAAAUUUGGUUCCUUAUAUGUUGUUAUCGAGUUAAAAUUUCUCCUUCCACAAACACCAGCAUUCACACACUAAGAUUACACACACGCACGUGUGACAUUUUAAAACCUCACCCCUCCUUUCCCUUUUUUUCCAAUGAGGAAGCUAUUUGUUAGAAUUCAUGGGACGGGAAAAACACGUGAAGUACAUAAGAUAUCGAAGAUUAUUCCACGCACGCAUCCCCACACAGUCCAGAGGUGACAUUGAAGCAGAGCCACUUGUUAGUCAGGAGACUGAGAUUUUAUUUGAUGAACAGAUGGACCGCGCCUCUGGAAACACACCUCGGGGCCUCGUGACCUCAUGGUGUGUGAGGCCCCCCCAGGCGUUUGUGACACUCACGGAUUUUGUAAGAUGAACAUUUAUUUGUAAAAAUAUGCUGUUCCUCUAUUAUUAGAAAUGUUAUAUUUGGAAAUGGUUAACACAGGCAAAGCUGCUGCACACUUAUGUGUGUGUGUGUGUGUGUGUGUGUGUGUGUGUGUGUGUGUGUGUGUGUGUGUUUCUUCUCUGUUUGUCUUUUGGUCAAAUACUGGUUCUUAGAUUUGACACAUAUGUAGGUCCACAAGUGACCACCAGAGGGGAGUCUCCUUCAUUUGCGGUUGGUCACCUUCAGCUUGGCAAAGGUUUAAGAUGACAUCAUCCGAACAAUAGUUAAAGGUGACAUUAAACCGAGUGAGCAGGAACAAACUAAGCGUGCUCUCUCUCUCUCUCUCUCUCUCUCUCUCUCUCUCUCGCUCUUUUUUUCUUUUAUUCUCUAGGGUCCACAAAUUUCACCACAGAUUUCCAGAAUGAUCAUGUUUGAUAGGAAGUCCUUAAAUGCUCUUCACGCAUUUGCCGAGCUUCCCUUAACAGAUUCCACAAAGCAAACAUUCUUAUUCGGUCUAGUGGACCAUGAAGAAACAAACCCUCUCGGGAGACCGACAGUGGGCUUCUCUAAUGGCAGACUGUGGUAAUCCACUCCCACUCUGCUUCUCUGCCCAAACGAACUCUGACGGCGUAGUCAUUUACAAGUGCGGCCUUUCCUUCCACCAAGUGUGCUUCCAGAUUUUUUUUUUCCUCAAAUUUCUUUGCCCAGGAGGGAGGCUCAAGGGUAUCCACGAUCUAAUCAUGACACCAUCUCUACACAUGCCGCAUCCGUCUCUCUGUCGGUUCCUCUCUGGCUGGUCCUAAGUCACAGCGUUCCCCUCUCAGUCCCUCACACUCCUCCUUCCCCCAUCCAUCUAUAAUCCAAGAUCGGUCCUCCCGUUUUCAUUGUGGAUUCUGUCCCUUAAGUGAAGCUCGAGGGCUGUGUGGUGUCAUGCUUCCGAACCAACCCAAGCAAAAUGUUUUCGAAUGGACUUGGGAAUUGGAUUUUACAUGCCAGUUAAUUAAUAGGUGUCCUUCAGACAUGAUCUUUUCCUUCCCAGGAAGUCUCUCUGUUGUGUGUGGACGUCUCGCCGACUUAAGUUUGUGUCUGCUCUGUGUUAUUGAACCAAAGAUUUACUGUAUGCUGUGUUUACUGUACAGUCAAUAUUAUUGUCUUUUACCAUGGUACAACCGCUGUGGCCUAAAUCGAAAAACAGCUCAGGCCAGUGUAGCAUUCCCCUGUAUAUUUUUUAUUGUACCAUAAUGUAAAAUAUGUUUAUAGUAUAUAAUAAAAAAAUACGUUGCUUA